UUUCCUCUUUUUUUCCAUCUUUUGCUUUUUCUUCCCUCCCAAUUAUCUUUCUCUCUCUUUCUCUGACCUAAUUGUCUCUCUUCUGUUCUCAUCACUACUCAUCUCCACCAACACCAACCACAACCUUGAGAAGAAGAUCCUUCUUCUAAAUUUAGUAUUUUUUUUUAAUCAUAUUCAUCAACCCCAUCACCUAGAUCUGUCUAUAGACUCAUUGUUUGACAAAAAAAAAAUAACAGUGGGAAGUUUUGUCAUAGAUAAGAAAAUAAAAAAAUUGAAUAUGACUCCAGUUAAUUUGGCAGGACAGUUUGGUGACACAACUUACACCAAGGUUUUUGUUGGAGGGUUGGCUUGGGAAACUCAAAAAGAGACCAUGAAGAAGUAUUUUGAGCAAUUUGGUGAGAUCUUGGAAGCUGUUGUUAUCACUGACAAAGCCACUGGAAGAUCUAAAGGCUAUGGAUUUGUUACUUUUCGUGAACCGGAUGCUGCUAUGAGAGCUUGUGUGGAUGCUGCUCCUAUAAUUGAUGGUAGGAGAGCUAAUUGCAACCUUGCUUCUUUGGGUGUUCAAAGAUCUAAGCCUUCAACACCAAAGCAUGGAGGAACAGGUAGGAACUUUAGGGUAAUGGGUUCUUUCCAGACAGGAUUUGGAGGAGUGGGAUCAGCUUUUCCUUCAGCUGCAACCUUCCCUCAUUAUGCCAUCCAGCAAGGGAUACCUUAUAAUGUUUAUGGGUACUCUUCUUACUCGCCGGAUUACAGUUAUCCUACGAGCUACUACGGUUUAUACGGUGGAGCAGCAGCACAGUACCCAGUUUACGGAAGUGGACCAGCUGGAGGGAUGAUGAGUGGUGCUGCAGCCGCAGCAGCAGCGUUCUAUCCAUAUCUUCAGUACGGCGAAGGAAGUGGCGGCGCCACUACCGGCGGCUACACUUCCGGUCAAGGUUAUGGUGUUAAUUAUCAACCUCAAGUGUUUCAGUAUUCUCCAAUUGCUUCAACUGGCGGUUAUGCUCAGCACUAUGGUACCCCCAUUUCUCUUGCACCUUCCCCAGCCUUGCAAUCAGGCGUGACAAUGGCUCCUCAAGCUCAAAUACCUCAUCGUUAGAGACUCAUGUCAUGAUCUCAACAAAAAAACAAAACUAGUUGUGUCAAAACUUCCCAGUUAUUGCUUCUUGAAGUCUCUUAUAUCAUCAAUCAAUCAACCUUUGGCCUAACCAUGGUGUUCUCUCCUCACACACACUCUUUUACUAACACCAAAGAAAAAAGCCCAUCAUUGGCAUUUGGGCUUUUCCACUUUUCAUCAUAGGCCCCCCAUAGGGGCUAAAAGGUUAUUUCCUCUCCAUAAUUUUGGAGAGUCAUGGUCAUCAUGCAUUUCCCCUCUCUUUCCCUCUCUUCUUUGUUUUUGUUUUUUCUUUUCUCAAGAAAAAAAAGUUGCAUUGGUUCCUUGAAAAGAACCAAAGAUGUGUUAAAACCAACAAAAGCUAUAGGAAAUAGCUAAGUUGGUAAAAGAAUGGGAAAACUUAGCCGAUGGAAAGGCUAAGCCCAAAGAAACCAUUUUAUAAUUAACUCAAGCCCAUGAAGGGAAAAGUGAAAGUAAAUAAUGGUUUUUUCAAAAAUUGUAAAUUGAAGAAUCUCACAAAUAGGUGGUAGCUCUCAUCAAUUAGAAAAUUUAAGCUAGUUUUGAAAAAUAGGUAUCCCCUUCAAUCAAUGCUUGAAUGAAGAGGAAAAUUUAGCAAUCAUGGACAUUGGAUGUCCCAUCUUUUUUGUAUGGUAACAUCUAGCUAUAGUCUUAGACUUUAGCAUUAAUUAGGAUAAGUCAUGUUUAUCUACUUUAAAUUUCAUUUUUUUUUAUAAAAAAAAAAGGUUUAACCAACCAACCAAUUAACCAACCAUCUUCCCUUUUGGUAAGGGGAGAAAAUAACUAUGUUUAUUUUUUUUUCUUUAUGUAAAUUCAUUGUGGCUAAACUAAGGAGUUUAAGCCCAAUUCAAAUAUCUUUAGGAGGGAUAGUAUUUUUUUACUUUCCCACAAUUAGCAUAUAUAGUACAUUUCAUCAUCAUUUUGAGAACUUCAUCAAUGGAAUGUGGAACUCAAAAAACACUUGCAUGUAACCUUGGGAGAUAUUUGGGUUCCCUUGGGUACUUUCACUUUGCUCACCAACCAUGGUUAGGACAUAGGUGAAUGAGAAUCUCAUCACUCUUUCUUUGUCUCUCUUUUGUCUUUCUAUUUCUCAAUCUUCUCCCUUUCUCUCUCUCUCUCUCUAUGGCAACUUUUACAUUGAGAUGGACCUUAAUACUUAUGUUAAUUUUAUGUUUAAGCCUAUAUGGUAUUUGGAUUGUAAUUAGGAAAACUAAGGUAGGAGGAUUUCAUUCUCUAUCCAUAUGCUGGAUGAGAAUGAAUUUGCUACUUAUAAUAUGCCUUUAAUUGCUUACAUUAUUAUGUUUGUGUCAACCAACACGUGUCAAGAAGUUAAUGCUUUUAAGCAAUGUUCAACUUUUUGUUACAUCUCAUUAAAUCUAAUGCUUUUUUCUUA